ACAAGAUGCAGCGACUGUGUGCACAUGCGCUGAUCUUGGUGCUGGCUCUGGCCGCCUUCUGUGAAGCUUCUUGGAAACCCCACUCCCUGCUGCAAGACGCGCCCGUCGCUUCAGGGGCCAAUAGGGGCCAGGAGCCGCUCAGGAUGGACCGGCUGGGCCCAGCCUCGCACCCCCGCCGGCAGCUGGGGCUUCAGGAUCCGCCACACAUGGUCGCAGACCUGUCCAAGAAGCAGGGGCCGUGGGUGGAGGAAGAGGAAGCCGCAUAUGGAUGGAUGGACUUCGGCCGCCGCAGUGCUGAGGAAGGGGACCAACAUCCCUGAGAACUGAGCCUUGGAGCCCAGUCACCUCCCGGCCCAGCCCAGCCCCAUGAAACACACAUCAAAAUAAACUAGCUUCCAAUGG